AAUGUAUUACAAAGUAGGCUCCGAAAAGGAAACCAUGGCAACCAUUAAUUUGUUCGUUGUUGUUGUUAAUACAAAAUAGCGGUAGUGUCCUUUCGUCAAAUAACCAGCAUUUAUUUCCGCUUCCUUUAAUAUUUUUUAGUAUUUUAUUGGUGAAAAUUAUAAAAAGUGUUUGGUUUUGUUCAAAUUAAAAAAAAGAAAAGUUAAUGUAGCUCAUUGCUCGAUAUAUUUGAGCAGAGUUCAAAAGUUGCAAAAUUACCGCCAUGAUUGGUAUAUUGCAAUUUUGUUGUAAAAGCAAUGACUUGCAUACAUAACCUAAAAGAAGCAGUUACAACUCCAGCAACAUCCACUCAUAGAAGUAAGAAAAUAUAAGAAUUAGCACCACCCCAGGAAUCUAAGCGCAAAAACAACAAAAUGCUUCAAACCUCACGUCAUAUGAUUUGCAAUUCAGUUAAAACGGUUUGACAGAUGUAGCGGAAAUGUUUUUCGAAGAGAUAGAGAUUAGUAAUAUACUCAACUGUGCGCAUGUGAAAUUACAUUUCAAACAAACGCAAAGUACAGUUUACGUUGUAAAAGGCAGUAACGACUGCCCACUCCGCCUUACAGUGAGUACUGCUAUUAAAUUAAUUUGUAGUGGCCAAUAUGCAAAUAUUGAAUCGUUAACUCAAUUCAAAAACCUGCAUGAGGGCUUUGUUCGUAUAGUGUUGCUCAUUUCAAAAGGAGCUUGUGAAACAACUUCAUUGGAGAACGACAACACUAAUUUUGAAAGUGAUAGUGAUAGCGAUGCACCAUGUACAUCUCAAUGGGCACUAAAUCGCGAACAGCGACGUAAACAACGUCAGCUACGUAACUCGCAUUUAUUACAAAGGCAGCAGCAACUAUUCCAUAGGGUGGAGGCACUCCGCGAUUUCCGGUAUAGUCCGGAAUCGAUCGAAUACACUAUUGAUUCAGGUGCAAAGAAAAAAAGUAGUGUUUACGAAUUCCAGGUGAAAUUUCACACGAACAUCGAUUACAUCUUGCGUCAGCCCGAAAUAUCCCGAGACGGAUUUACCGGAAAUUGGAUGGAGUUUAUAACAACGAAAUUGAAUGGUGCUAUGAAUCGAGAGGAAGAAAUUUCAAAGUUAUUUGGUUAUUUUGUGCAACUAUUUUUAAAAAAUCGUUACAAUGAGUGUGAUUUAUUGCCCAAAUUAACUACCUGCUGCAUUAUUGGACACACUGCCUUAGAUGUUAUGAUUGCGGACGACGCCUUAAGGAUUUUCAAUGACGUACGCAUUACUUUUGAGUUUAUUACAUGUAUGGAAUAUACAGUAUGGUUUCUAAUCCCAUACAAAGGACGUUAUGUAUCAGUGCAAGAAUUGAGUGUUGAAAACUUUCAAUUUAAAAACGUAUAUACAUGCAUAAAACUAAAAAGGAUGAGUCAAGAUCUAUGCAGAGAAUAUAUAUGGUCAGACGCAGAUCACGCAAUCCAAGAUCUCUUAUUUAUCGCAUUCCAGUUGGUCAUGUGUUUUCACCUCAAGCGAGGUGUUGUCUACUUACAAGAAGAAUUGAAUAAUGUUAAAGAUUAUCAGACAAUGCAAUUCGUAGUAACGGCUUAUUUACAGGAGGUUGGAAAUGAUCAAAAGGUUUGGCCACAAAAAUAUUAUUUACAACAAAUUUUAAAAGCUUGUAAUAAAAUGCGAAUAACUGCUAUUAUUGACUAUCCUGGCGGCUUGCCAGUUACGCCCCUAUCUGGAAAUUUAAUCAAAUGCUACAAAGAUGAAUGUAGUGAUAGAUGGAAAUUAAAAGUGGAGGAACGCGAGAGUUCCUGCAGUAGUGAGCGAUUCAUCAGUGAAUUGCAAGCAGGCUUACGAAGUUACUCAUUUUCAUAGG